AUGAGUGAGCUUGCUCGUUCGUCUUUAUUGAUUGCAUACUGUCUUGCUCCUCGCAUACCGCCGUACUCUAAGUGUACCGAUUCCCACCUGGCUCUCAUCAAGCUGUCUUCCAAGGAUUUGGCUAGCAAUAGUAUUGAUCUUUCUGAUCCCUGGCUUGCUGUAAGAGACUUUCACUCUGUCACCUCUUCUACGGAAGUCAGUUCAAACAGCCGAAUCUCUAAUAGACGUAGUGCUGGUUUUGUUGAAUGGAUUUUUGAUCAUGGGGGUAACACUCUGAGUGCUGCUAGACUUGACCGGGUUCUUUGCAAUCUGGCUUGGAGAGAAAUGUUUGAGAGUGCCUCUGUGUCUCACCUCCCUAAGCAUCAGUCUGAUCAUUGUCCUUUAUUGGUUCUAUCUCCCUUCGGAUUUCGAAGUGAGAGUCUUUUGCUACUAUCUAACAAGGCCCAAGUUACAGCGGGCUCUUUCUCUUCUGAGAAGAUUUAUCCUUUGAAUUACUCAUAUAUAUCCUAUGAAUUUAAUUUCGCAUCGGAAACUAUUCUAGGAGAAGUUCGAAUCCGUUCCGUUCGGAUAUUGAUUGGUCUUGGUUUUACAUGGUUUACGUGUUACUGGUUCCCGGAAGAGUUAAUAUCUCCAUUAGCUAAACCCCUUCUUACCCUGCCUUUGGAUUCGUAUUUUGUUCGUACACAAUCAACGGAGGCCUUCCCGACAUAUGUUGCAACGUCUCCAAUAGCAUGCUCUUACUUCGUCUUUCCCUUAAUAAGUCAUCAAAUUUGGUGCUUUUUGAUCCCCAGUUUCUAUGGGGAACAAAGGACGAAAUACAAUCGAUUCCUCCAUUUAAGUGGUUCUCGCUUCUUCUUGUUCCUGUUCCUAACUCCUCCCCGGGUAGUUCCCAAUGUUUGGCACUUUCCAUACUUCAUGGGUGCAACAUCAACAAAUUCGCUCAUGAUCAAGCUACAACCUAAGAUCUAUGACCAUAUUAUGUUAACUGUUCGUAUUUCGUUCAUUCCAUCGGUAUGCUCCCAGGUACCUGUAAUUGUGAUCCGUUUGUCAGAACCAAGGGGUCUUUCUGUAGAAACCUCCACGAACAAUCGUCGUUUUUUGAUGGUUUUUCCGCUUCUCACAGCUGCUCUUUCCACACCUCCGGAUAUCUGGUGCCAAAUUGUCGCCCGUUUCCUUAUUUCUUUGAUAAUAGAGUUUGCUAUCUUUGUGGCAUCGAUUGUACAAGUUCGUGAAGAGGGCUGGACGAGUGGAAUGAGGGAGAGCGGCUCGAUCGACAAAAAAUAAGAGUAGCCUCCCUAGAACCUGGCAAAGUCAUUAUCAAUGAAUUCCCGAGCAAUUCUCAACCAACAUAUGCGAUUCAUUCCCUUCAUGUACAGGAAGAGUUCAACAGAAGUCAUCUCUCUGGCUUUAAUCACACUUUAAAUUUCUUGCUUUUUGGCUUCUUUCAUCAAA